CGGAAAUGCACCUUCUAAGUCGGUCUAUCAAUAAACACCAAAAGAAGAAGAAGAAGAAGAAGAAGAAGCAAAAUGUCGUCUGAAGAUGAUGAUUAUAUGUCUGAUGCUUUCCUUAACCCAUUAUUGGACGUUCGGCCUGGCAUGCCAAUGGUGAAACGUUUAAAGGAGACUCUGAGGCGAGAGACUUUGCACAAAGAGAAGAAUAUUCUUAACCAGCAGAAAAGCUACAAGGAAAAAGAGAAGAAUAGACGAGAUGCUGCUUUGCAGAACUCUCUAAGCAGUGAAAAUAAAGGGUUUGCCUUACUGCAGAAAAUGGGCUAUACUGCAGGACAAGGUCUGGGAAAAGAAGGUACCGGACGAGUUGAACCACUUCCCCUUAACAUAAAAACUGACAGAGGGGGCAUUGGAAUGGAAGAACAAAAGAAAAGAAAAGCCGAAGAGAAGUUAACAAAUUACAGAAAAAGAUUGCAAGUGAGGCAGCAUAUGGAGAAGAAGUCUCUUGAGGAUUUCAGAGACCGCAAAAGAACUGAAAGAGAACAUCGUGAAACUGAGGGAGACUUGAGGAAGAGUCAGUGGGCCUGUGAACAGCUGGACAAACAAAAGGGAAUAAUUGUACCAAAGGACAGUUGGUACUGGCCUGAAGUAGUUAAGAAUCAAGAGGCAGAGCAUGAAGAGCCCAUCACUGAAGGAAGUAAAGACGAUAUGGAAUUGACGUCAUUAGAGAAGCUGCAGUUUAUCACAUCAUACCUGAGGAGUGUGCAUUUCUACUGCAUAUGGUGUGGGACAGCAUAUAGUGAUGAGGAGGAUAUAAACACGAACUGUCCUGGUUGUACAGCAUCAAAACAUGACGAGUGAUGCAAAGACCAUCAUAUGGAAGAAUGCCUAUUUAUGCCUUUUUAUUUUUCCUCUUCUUAUUUUGCAUACAGAUCUUUAAUUGCCCAAUUACAUUUUCUCUUUUGUUAGAUUAUUUUUUUGGAAAGAUUUUUUUAUUUCCCUUCUGAAGUUGUUUUAGACUUAUAACUUUAAGAACACCUGUCAUGUUGUAAUGGUGUCGGUUCAUUUAUACUAAUUAAAUUGUAAUUGUAUUGGGUCAUUUUGAUCAAAUUUCAUCUAUUCCACACUAGUCCCAACAACUGGAAUGUUGUUCACAGAAACAUGUAAGAGAGCCUGGAUUUUACUGAGAAAGAGGAAUUGUUGUAAAUAGCUCAACCACGCCCAAGCUCUGUGGUGCAUGUUCUAAGUAAUAUGAUGAAUUGUGACCAGGACUCCGGGAUUGUGUUUAAUUAGUCUAUAGAAAUUAAUCUCUGUGGCUAUGUGGGGGAGCAAAUUGACACCUUACUACCAGUGUUCAGGCAUUCAGUCCAUGGCAUGAGUGUCUCAUGAGUUUCAAACUCAGAGUGUCUCUCUUUAAUGUUAUUUUUGCUCUGCAUGUAUUUAAAUGUAAGACAGGCUGUAUUUAAAUGUGUAGGCUGAAAUGAGGUUAUAUGGUGAUAGAAUGAAUAUAACAUGCACCACUGUACUAAAUAUUAAUUUUAUACCUCAUUCAAAGAAGCAGUUUCCCAAGCACUAAGCUUAUUUUGUUGGGCUAAUAAACUUUUUCUAAUCAGUUUUUAAUCAGGCAGCAUCUGGAAAUGGCUUUUUGUUUGAGCUACCAGGUAGGCUAUUGUAUAAGACAGAGUAAAUAUAAUAAAAUAUAAAUAAAUUUAUAAUUUAAUAAAUAAUUUAAAGCAAAAAUAAUUUAAAUAAUUUUGAGAAAUUUAAGGCUACCAUGGGUACAAAUUCACUGGACAAUUAGAUUAGAAAAAAAACACCUGUUCUUUAUUCCAGUCUUCAACUUGUAGACCAGUGAUUCUGAGACUAUUUUAAUAUUUUGAAUUGUGGCUCUGCUCUGCUGGGCUCUUGAGACCUUGACCCAGUAGACAGUCCUCUGGGCAAGUUACAUGUCCCCACCACAGCACACCAGUAGGUCUUGGAAUAAGGGCAUGCCCAGGAGAGUGACCAGGUCCUGCAUGCCUUCUUCACCUGCAGUGGAUGGCAGACCAGCAACUCCUCAACUCCCGCGACCAAAGUGUACCGAUCACAUUGAACACUGUAACACUAAAGCACAAUAUAUAACACUAAAAUAUAUUAAUAUAGAUUUAUAUACUAUUACUAUUUGGUGAUAGUUGCUUGAUGUUUAGACUGUGACGUGUAUGCUGCAAUCUGAUUGGCUGAUGGCCUUCUGUUUUUGAAGUAAUCUAGUUCAAAUCCAUUCAUAGAUGAAGUACAUUCACAACAAUGCAGUACAACAAAUUUCAACUUCACAGGACUUACAGUCUAAGAACUGUCUACCUGAGAAUCUAACUCCACCCCAUUGAAAUUUUGUAAAAUUGUUAAUCUGUGAUUUCUACUAGAUUAUUUCAAAAUUAAGGGGAGUUCUUCAGUGAAUGAUCCAGGACGAUCGCAGUGAGGUUGGCUGCCAUCACGAAUGUGCUGACAAGUUUUCUUUGUUUUUGCUUAUUUUUUGCAAUUUCCAUCACUUUAGCAUAUUCACAUAUAUAUACAUUUUAAAAAGUAAUUUGCCUAAUGAGCAAGACAGAGAUGACUGUAGCAAGUCACAGUCUCUGGGAUUAUAUUAGAAAGAAACUGUGUACUCUAUGGUCAAAAAGUGCACUUAGAUAACCAGAAAAUUCAUUCUAGUUUUAAUGAUCUAUUUUGUUGAAGAUAUUAGCUGUUCAUAGAGACUCGAGUUCAAAUCUGUUUGUGUCAGUUGAAUUCCAAAGCCAUCUUCAUGGUUUCUAGUGGUACCACAGUAAUCUCAACAACACUUAAACAGAAGGAUUUAUUAUAUCUUUUUAUUUUGAUUCCUUUGUUUUUUCAGUUUCUUCGGUUCAUUGGUCUGGAACAGUCAAAUACCAUUUGAAAGUAUGAUUUUGUUCUGAGUAACAAUAGCAGCCUUUGUAAGUUCAGUCUUUGUAAAUUAUUUUUCCACCCCUCCUACCAAAUUUUUCUAGAUAAAACAAGUUUUAAUUUCACAAAC